GGAGAUAAUCGAAAUACAGACAGACAAACAGACAGACACACCCACAGAGAUUCAGAGAUACUUCACAGUGAUCCAGUCAUUGUUCUUGGAGCGCGCCAACAUAUAUCACGCGCGGCCGAACGUCCCAAUAAUAGUGACGUCACAAUUCAUUGCGCAAUAACACAACUCCAAUGGUAACAAAGGAAGUCGCAUUGUUUCCAUCUGAACAGUUCAGUUGUGAUCAACAAUAGAAUGGUAGCAUUAAUUAUUCAAAUAAAUCACCAGAUAACUGUCAAAUGUGGUAAUGGCCAAACAUUUACUUCAGACAGUGGGAAAAAAGGAGGGCCAAACCUCGCGACAACGGUGAUACUUUGGAGAAAUUUGCUGCAAACAACUCACCAUUCAUGUUGAAACAAGAGCCAAGUUGAACCUCAACAAGACAGCACCGAUGGUUCAACUGCCAAAGAUCUACGCUUCAGGAAACACCGUCACAUCCCUUACCAAGUCAAAUGCAUAUCUGACAACAAACAUGAAAAUACUCGUCAACAAAAAUAACAACAACGACGAAGGGAGUGACACAGGAAACAAAGCAAGAAACGCCGGUGAAACAGCCGGCCGUACAGUUGACGAUAAACCUGCAAGCACCAGGGAUUGCAAUGAACGACUAGCACCAACUACAGCUGCCAUGCCAUCAGGCCGAAUUGUCGAAUCUGGAGACGAAUCAUGGAGAAACCCAGAACAAGCCAACCCCGACCUGACAGGAUUCAUUCCACUCCGCCUGCCUCCCAUGAAUGCAAAUCCGCUCGGGAUAUUUGAUAGACGAAGACGGGCUCAAGAAGAGAUACUUCACGAACUACAAAGAGAAGGAAUUGUAGCUGAUCCUCGGGUGGCAAUAGGAGGCGUGGCAUAUGAUAUUCCUAGAAAACACCAUAGGGGGCGCUUUUCUCCAUUCCAUCAUGCCAUUGAGUCUGUCCGCGGGCCUCUCAGAAAGGAACGAGAGAAAAUGCCUCUUCGACAUCUGGACCAUAGGAUCAAGAUGUGCAGGGCUCAGAAGAGAAGAGAUCAUGUUGAACUAACCAAGCUGGUACGCCUUCAAGACAACGAAAACAGACUGCAACAGGUCCGCGAGAAAAUGGAGUACGACGAAGACCUAAAAAUACGACAGACCAGCGCCCACAUCAUGACGAAGUUGGCUCAGGGUGAAAGGAACCGGGAGAUUCGAGAGAGGGACUUGAAAUGGAAACGGGAGGCAAGAAGGUUGUACAGGGAGCAGAUUAGAAUGAUAGGAAAGAUGAAAGGAGGUGGGAUGAAGAGGAAUCAAGACCAUGAAUCACCGAUGGAGAAGGAAGAUGAUUGGGAAUGCUAGCUGACAUAUUGCAUGCAAAGUCACUCAUUAUGACUGAAUUAUCUAAUGAUAUAAUUAUUGGAACUUGGUUUACCCCGAAAUGCUGCAAGUUUGGGUUUGUGCAGUUCUUCCAUGUAAGGAAUAUAAAAUCAACUGAGUUUGCUGUUUGGAUAGGCGGCACUUGGGAGGGGGUUUGUCGGGUAACUCAAAAUGGAACGUUCGUUUCUCAGUGACAAGUUAACGCAUUAGUAUUAUACAAAGAAUUGUGAGUGCAAUGGUAAGAAUAAUUUGAUGGGGUGACGAAUGAAUUUGUUCUUUCCUUGCGAGAAUGUGAAUAAAUCCCCGUCAUCUGAUUGGUCAGAACCGCCAAAAUAGACCGUGCAUUAAACUUCAAUUUCUGUCGUGCGUCCGCGCGCGUCGUGCGUUGGGGCGCACAUUUCAAUGACACAUGAUCAACGAUCCACCAAUCAGAUGACGGGAUUUAUUCAGGCGUUUUUUUUUUAUGCAAAUUGAUCUUAUCGCCUUAGCGAAGAUUAUUGAACUGGUUUGUAAAGCUCCUGGACUAGUUGAUUAAUAAAGGUCAUAAUUUGGGAGAUCCCUUGAAAUUCACAUGGUGUGCUAAAAUGAUUAUUUUGAAGAAUUCUCUGUAUGAUAAUUUCGGAAAUAUUGACAUUCUGAAAACCAAAUCAAAUGUGUUCAAUGGUCUUUGUUCUUUAUUCAACCUUAGCGAGUUUUUUGUUUUAAAACAUCUGAACUUAGGAAAGGUCAUGAAUCUGAAAUUGCUUCAAAGUUGCUCUGAACACGUUUCUCAUUGAAGUGCUCUUUUACUAGAAAGGCAAAAGUUUCUAUUCACUUUUGAGUGAGACAUCCAGCAAAAACUGUUGGAGUUCAAGUUUGGACUAUUUCCCUAAUUGAUUGCGGUCCGGUGUACAUUUUGGUACGGUGCCUUGAGGGCGCAAAACUAUCAAAACCAAAAACGAAAAGCGUCUUUUCAGAGGGUUAAAACACCUACAGGGAGUGAGAGGAAAAAUAGCAGUUAAAUUUCUUGUAAAUAUAAACAAACAUAUUGAAACUCGUCUGGAGGGGAAAAAAUCGAAUAUGUUGAAGAGUAGGAGUCGAGCAACUAUUAAAAUGUCUUCAGAUACACAACAUUGUCUGUUUGAAAAUUUUGGAAAUAAAUGAGGAAUUACAGUCAAAUUUA